GCGUACAUCCGACCCCCCUUACCCCAUAAUGGGCGGGAGCCGUUGAGGCACUGGGGUAAUGUAGUUGUUGUUUCGCCUGUUUUGCUCUGACUUUUGAGUUGUGAUAAUCAACCUUAAGCUGCAGUUAUUAUAUAAUCCACUUCUUUUUUCCUCACACAGAUUUAGCUUUCUAUGGUGCAGGUACGGAACAGUAAUGGGAGGAUUGUUAUCUGAGAAAUUUCUUGAUACAAACUUAAUGAUACCUUUUUCUGGUCCUCCUUUAAACACUCCCUCAUUACAGAAGUACAAAAGGAUGGUCGACGUUUGGGGAGGGUGGAGUCUCUUCCAAGAGCUCCUUCAAGCACUCAAAAAAGUAGCUAACAAACACGGCGUCUCCAUUCCAACAGUUGCUGCGAAAUACGUUCUCGAUCAGCCGUGUGUGGCUGGAGCAAUGAUAGGUAUUAGGCUCGGGCUGUCGGAACAUAUCAAGGAUUCAAACAAUGUGUUCUCUCUUGCCCUUGAUCAAGAAGACAUGGAUCGUAUCCGUGACAUUACAAAGAAGGGUAAAGAUCUUCAAAAUGCAAUAGGGGACUGUGGAGACGAAUACAGACGUGCAUAGAAAUAAAGUAUUACUAUAUAGUAAUUCAGAAAGUGUGCUCUCUGGCUGCAACAUAUUUGCCAACCAGUUUGAUACAUUGAUGCUUUUGUAUUGUAAGGUGGAGUCUGGAGUGUGAAUAUGAAGCCCAGAGUUGUAUUGAGAAAACUUCCAUGGAGAAUAUAUGUUUAGAUGUAAGUAAUCUAAAAAUUAAGGGGACAUCUUUGG